AUGACCCCACGUGGAUAUGAAAAGACGGAUCUGACUAGAGAUGAUUUGACUGAUGAGGUGAUUGAAACGCUCUACGAGAUUGUGCGCCGGGCGCAAUCUUCGGCCGACAACUCGUCGCGCGCUCUCUUCGCUGCAUAUGGCGCUGUCCUUGAGGAGCAAGGACUGCAGCCCAGCGAUGAUAUAGUUCUCCACCGCUUUUUGUUUCACAUGCAACAGCACCGCCGCCAGGGCGAGGACUUGGUGGAACGCUUUGGUCGCGUAUUGAAAGAGUCAUUUGACAUUGAUGUAGAAAUCAACGAGGAUGGUGAGGGCAUAGAGGUCACGACGAACUUGGACGCGACGCGCAAUGGCGCCCAUGCCAGUCUGGGGAGGUACUCUAGAAGAGGAAGCUUUGAGUCCUUCUUUGACGGCACGGCAGACAAGGUUGCAGGGACUGACUAUGGCGAUUCGUCAGUGAGGACGAGACGAGGGUCGCAUGGUGCGCUGAAUGGGUAUGCCAGUGAGUGGGAACGACGGAGGGCCAGGUCGGAUUCUCACGCGAUUGCACACGGGCAGACAUCACUUCCUGUGCGCAACAAGGUCAAUGGCAAUCCGCGAAGAUCGGUUUCUGGAGCACAUCAGUCGCAUCGCAAGCGGAGCGCAUCGAUGUCUAGUCGUGGCAGCUUGCAGAUUCGGAGAAAUGACCAUGUUAUACAGUCUCGAAAUGGCGGUAAUGAUGAAAGCAGCGACUUCACAGAUCGCACGACGAGCCUGGAUUUAUCUCAUGUCCAGAUACCAGGUGUUAAUGCUCCCAUUCCAGACGACCGUCAUGGCUCUCGUCAGGAUUCUCGCGACCAUCUUCAGUAUAUGCCCGAGCCAUAUCGACCAUCAGAUACCCGAUUGCUAGACGAGGCCAAAACUUUGGAGGAGCAGCGUCUGCAUAGAGUCACGAGGCAAUGUAUACAGGCAUGGCGCUAUCGCACGCAAAAGGUCCUGUCAGCUCAUGAACACAUGGACAAUCUUGCACUUGCCUACAGGCGCAAUGUUCUAUUGCGGGUAUCAUUUACACUGAUACGCGAAGCAGUAGCAAUCAAGCGCAACAAUCGCGAAACAAAUCGCUUCUUCACUCGUUUGGAAACUCGAGCAGACAAGGCGCGUGCUCUGUUUCUUCUCACGAAAUCUUUUACGCAUUGGGCAAAGUGCGCAGAGGAUGAAGUUGAACGGACAUCAGUUGCUCGACGACAUAUCCUACGUACAAGAUUCUUUAACGGCUGGCGCGAAAUCACGGUUAUCAAUGAACUCAAGACGCAGCACUUCGUACUUGGACGAUUUGUACGAAAAUGGCGGGCGAAAGCUGAGGCAGUCUAUGAAAACGAAGCAAUUGCCGUGGCGCACUAUGAGCAUAAUCUGGCUCGAAGAGUGUUCAAGGAUCUCAAGAUGAAAUACUUCAAUGCUUAUGCGCCUCAGUGGCACAAUCAAUCUAUAAAGAUGGUCACUUUGCGGAAGAUGGUUGAAAUUGCGAAGUUACUUAGAGAGCGCGCCACCUGGGCUUCUGAUCAGUACGAGCGGUCGGUCUUGAGACGAGCCUUCGAGAAGUGGCAGCAUGAGACAGUGACUGUUCAGUCUCAGCAAGUCCGAGCUAAUGAGCAUCAACGAAGAAUGCAAAUGUCUUGGGCGUUUCGCACCCUACAGAAAAAGGCCCAACUUGGGCCUCUCCUCCGGCAAUUCCAAGCCCGCAACAACGAUCGAAGAAUCAAGAGUGCCUUUCAAACCUGGAUCAAAGACGCUCAACUAUCUCGACAAGCCCGCAAUGUUGAUCAGCUGCGCAUUCUUCGCAAUGCAUAUACCGCCUGGAACGAUCGAUUACGCAGCAAGGUUGUGGAAGAUCGCAUCAACGAUCGCGUCAUCAUUAAUUCUCUCUACAAAUGGACCUUGGCCUCAAGAGUCUCCCUAUUCAAGCGCGUUCACGACCGUCAACUCAAGGAAUCCAAAUUCUUAACCUGGGUUACGAAAGCCAACCAACGUGCCGACACUUUAGAUACUGCUGAGCGACGAUUUGCCAAGUUCAAAAAAGCACAACUCCUCCGUACUUGCCUCCACAAAAUGGAAAUAAUCACUUCAGAAAAGCGAAGGGAGGAGUUUGCGAUUCUCGCUGACUAUCAACAAAAACUCAAACAACGUAUCUUUGAGAAACUAAAGGAGCGAUACACGCACUUCCAGCAGCUCAACCAAUGGACCAAAGACGCCCGUUUCUAUGUAUUGAGUAAACGAACGCUAAAGAUAUGGGGUGAAGCGACACAACACGCACGCCGGAAUCGCAGACGUAUUUGA